AUGAACACAUAUCUACUUCUGUUUGUUGCAUUUGCUUUUCUUGCUGUUCAACUUCCAAGCACACUUGGAUACUCAGAUACUGAUGAACUUGAUGCCUUCCAAGAUUAUCCAAGUUUCGGUUAUCCACCAGUCUACAAUCGAUAUGCUGAAUAUCGUAAACGUGGAAUUCGUAAUAUGCGAAUGGGAAAACGUUCAGAAUAUCAUCCAAUGAAAGCAAUUUCAACAGAAUAA